UCGUCUUAUUCGCUCCGCUCCCUCCGGAUUUUACCGGCUGUGCGUGGAACUGCUUUACACACCAUGGAGCUCCACGUCCCUUUGCAGGAAGUGCUCUAGGACUGAUGCGCUGGUCGUCGCUCACGGCACAGUGAACCUCUGAUACAUUUCUUGUGGAAGGAGAUGGGAGCCAACAUGAAGGGGAAUGUGGCAUCCACAAUUGUUUUCAUUUUGCUACUUUUUCUCAACACCCAUCUUCUGAAUGACCUGCUAGCAUCCAGCUGGGACUGGAUACAGCUCUCAGAUAGUCAUGACAGCUGGGACCUGGGAAAGCAGACCCCCACUUCUCCACCUCUUGCCACGCCUCGUCCCCCUUAAACAGCCAUGAAGCUACAAGGAAGCCCUUUGCCACCUCACCACAAAAAGAACCAAGGAGAGGGGGAGAUAUAAACGAAAAGGAACUACAAACCAUGAUUUAUUAAUUGGGGGCAGGAGAAUGGGGAGACAGACUGUAACACUGGGUCACAGGUCAUAGCUGAACAGAAUCCAGAAAAGUGAAGGGAAACAGGAAGGAAAAGAGAUGACAAGCAUAGAGCGGAAGGGAGCCGCUGCAGGAGGAGCAUCGGGGAUACAGUGAAAGAACACAGAGAUCAGAGACUGAGCUGACUGUGUGGGAGCAGCAGAAAGACAGAGGCUGGACAAUCACCUCCUGGAAAACCUGAGAUCUUUAAAUGUCGUUCUCCUGAAAAGGAAACAUUCACUUGCUGGUGGAAGCCUGGGACAGAUGGAGGACUUCCCACCAAUUACACUCUGACUUACCGCAAGGAAGGAGAGACACUCACCCAUGAAUGUCCAGACUACAAAACCAGUGGCCCCAACUCCUGUUAUUUUAACAAGAAGCAUACCUCCAUAUGGACAAUAUACAUCAUCAUAGUAAACGCCACGAACCAGUUGAACCAGACCCUCCUGUGAACCUGACUUUGGAAUUAAAACAGCCAGAAGACAGAAAACUCUACCUGUGGAUGAAAUGGCUUCCACCCACCUUGGUCGACGUACGAUCCGGUUGGCUCACACUCCAGUACGAAAUUCGCUUAAGACCAGAGAAAGCAGCUGAGUGGGAGACUCAUUUUGCUGGGCAGCAGACUCAGUUUAAGAUUCUCAGCUUAUAUCCAGGUCAGAAAUACCUUGUCCAGGUUCGCUGCAAGCCAGACCACGGAUUCUGGAGUGAGUGGAGCACAGAGAGCUCCAUGCAGAUACCUAAUGAUUUCACCAUGAAAGAUACCAUUGUGUGGAUCUUUGUGGCUGUCCUUUCUGCUGUCAUCUGUUUGAUUAUGGUCUGGGCAGUGACUUUGAAGGGCUAUAGCAUGGUGACCUGUAUCCUUCCACCCGUUCCUGGACCAAAGAUAAAAGGAUUUGAUACCCAUCUACUGGAGAAGGGCAAGUCUGAAGAACUCCUGAAUGCCCUGGGAUGCCAAGACUUCCCUCCCACCUCUGACUGUGAGGACCUGCUGGUGGAGUUUUUAGAAGUGGAUGACAGUGAGGACCAGCAGCUGAUGCCAGCCCAUUCAAAAGAACACCACGGUCAAGGUAUGAAGCCCGCACACCUGGAUCCCGACAGUGACUCUGGCCGGGGCAGCUGCGACAGCCCUUCUCUUUUGUCCAAAAAGUGUGAGGAACCCCAGGCAAAUCCCUGCACAUUCCACACUCCUGAGGACAUUGAGAAGCCUCAGAAUCCUGAACCCAAUGUUACCCUCACCUGGGACCCCCAGAGUAUAGGCUUGGAAGGCAACAUUCCCUACUUCUGUGCUGAUGGAUCCAAAUCUUCAACGUGGCCUUUACCGCAGCUGCCCAGCCAAAACAAUCCCGGAUCUUCGUACCACAACCUCACUGAUGUGUGCGAGCUGGCCAUGGGCACGGCAGGGGCAUCAGCCACAUUUUUGGAUAAAACAGACAAUCGUGCUUUCAAAUCCUUGGAAACCAUUGAGACUGGAGGGGAAGGGAAGGCAGCUGAGCAGAGGGAGGGGGACCACUCCCAUUCCUGGACUGGCCAAGACACAGCAUGGCUGCUGCCCCAGGAGAAAACCCCUUUUAUCUCUGCCAAGCCCUUGGAUUAUGUGGAGAUUCAUAAGGUCAACAAAGAUGGAGCACUGUCAUUGCUCCCGAAACAGAAAGAGGACAGUGACGAGACGGAGAAGCCAGGUGCUCCUGAACCCAGUAAAGAGUAUGCUAAGGUGUCCAAGGUGAUAGAGGGCAGCAUCCUGUUGUUAGUGCAGGAUCCGCAAGCUCAAAACCCAGCUUUGUUUGAAGAACAAGCCAAGGAAGCUCCAUCAUCCUGUCAACAGAGUCAGGCUGAAAAAGACCUGGCUUCCACCACAUCGAGCAAUUGCAGACUCCAGCUCGGCGGGUCAGAUUACCUGGACCCCACAUGCUUUAUGCAGCCCUUCCAGUGAUAUCUUGGUUAAUGGAAUGACUGGUUAUAACGUGACUUUUCUUCAGGUAACACUACAGAGUACAGGAAAUACACUCCACUAGAGAAUGCUUGUGAACGUGGCUGGACUGACAUGACUAAGUCUCACAGUCCACUCCUUUUCAUGCUCCAUUUUCAACCAGUUGCCUCUUUUUUCAACAGCUGAUUCCAGAACAAAUGGUUUUGUUUCCUAACUGUGAUUUGUAGAUUUACUUUUUGCUAUUAGUUAGAAAGUGAUGUGUACAAUGAAAUAACAGCACCUUGCUUAGUAUUCUUGAGGGACAAUACCAACAGUACAUUCUCUGGAAAAGUCUCUCAUGGUUUGGUAUGUGACAGAAGGAAAUGAAAUAAUCAAAACUGUUUACCAUAGGAAGAUGAAAAAUGCCAUGAAAACCUUUGGAAAACCGGUUGCUUAACCUUUGCACUCCUCUUUCAUGUUAUUAGUAUUAACCAAAUACAACACAUUUAAAGAAUGCAUUAGGACACCUGACAAAUUGUUUACAUCCAUUCCUAUUACCUUAGUGAUACAUUGCUGAUAUGCAAGGAAAGAUGAUGCCUGCAUUUUUUCUUAAAACAGUUUAAAUUUGUUAAGCACAGAUUUUCUCCCUAAAUUGUAUUUUAUUCUAAAGCCUCUGGAGAAUAUUGUGUUGGAAAGGGAAAUUUUCUGACACGAGGCAAAAAGUUUCAUGUGGUAAAUCCUUCUAAAAUAUUUUCCUGCUUCAUUUCAGCAUGAUAGAUAUUUAUUAUACACCCAGUCUUCUCUUAGUGAAAAAAACAAAUCCCAAAAGACUAACUCUAAUUUAAAAGAUAAUCACAGCAGGAUGUUAAUGAAAAUACUGCCUUACUGUAUAUACAAAUUCUACUUCAAUAUAAACCUAUACAUUUAACAAUGUAUUUUUGAAGACUAUUUUUCUAUCACUUAGGUAAAAUAAAAGACUAUUUUCUAUCUUCCCAGUAUAGCUGCCUGCAUAUUCAGUGGGUACAGUAUUUUCUGCUAUGAAGUUAUAACUAUUUAAGUACACAGUUGUAUGUGCAGUCCCUGUUCAUGGAGUCCAAUGCCAAACUGACGCCCGCCAAGGAAUGCAAAGUGGAUGACAAUGUUCAAUUUCCAACAUAGUGUAAAGUGUACUAUAUUCCAGUACAGUUCAUCUGAUUAUUUUGAUCUCCAGGGUACUUUAAAUGACAAUCAUCAACCUAGAGUUUCAGAACUCUCCACAGACCAGAAAUAACCUCUGGGGCUUCUGCUCUUCUCUAGGUAAAUAUUCAUAAACUACCAUGAGACAGGAGAAUGGCAACAUCUAACAUACUUUUUAGAGAGAGGGUUUUUGUUUUGUUUUGUUUUCCUGAGCAAUCUUGGGCACCAAAUAAAUUUUAAGCAAAGUCAGGAGUUAGCAUCUCUCUGGAGUACAUUCAUUUGCAAAAUCUUGGCUGAAGCAGAGACACCACUCACAUCAGAAGUAUCCAAAUAAAAGUUCUAAGAAACCAGACAUCUGUGGAGUGGUGGGAACAGCUACAAAGGCCAGGGUAUGGCAGUAAGAAUCUCCCAAGUCAAUUCCAAGGGCAUGCUCCCCGAGAGCAGCCAAGAGCCUGGAUCUCCAUUUUAGAGAGUACCCAUGGCUUAUGGAGCUGCUGCCUUCUGCUUUUCAUUUCAUCUUCAGGUCCAUUCUCUGUGCCUACUCACUAACUGGGAGUACUCCACUCCACUCAAGCCCAUGCUGAUAGGAACUGGACUCGGAGGUGGCCUGAUAUUUGAAAAUAAACACAUUGCCAGGGCUCCCAGAAAUAGUAGAUCUGAGGCUCUGUUCUCCCAAAAUAUAAGCAACAUCUUAAGAGAGAGGGGAAUACUUAGGAACAUUGUCCGAGUUCAUGCAAUCCCCUAGAUCCUUGCUAUUCAAAGUAUGGUCUGAGGAACAGCUUCAUCAGCAUCAGCUGGGCACUGCUUGGAAAUGCAGGAUAUAGGUCCCCCUGCCCCAGGCUUACAGAAUCAGAAUUUGCAUUUUACUAAGAUCCCCAGAUGAUUCAUGUGCAGAGUGAAGUUUGAGAAGCACUGCCCUAUACGGGCACAACAAAAGGUUAUAUUGGAAACAAUCCUGUCUAAGAAAGUGUGAAUUAAGUCUGUUUGAUUCUCACUGAACUACACUGUAUGAAAAGAGAAAGAAUAGUUUCUUAAAACUUUACUCAUGGUUUAAGAUUCAAAUAAUGGUAGAAAAUACCUGCAGAAGUACACACAACUUCCAAGAGGGCCAGGGAAUAUAUUCCUGAGAGGCACUGAACAAAAGACUCAGACUUUCAAAGCCAGUGCAGUCUAAACCUUUCCCCAAAUAGUCCAUUUUCCCCCAAGAUGUAUAUCAUUCACUCUGGUAGUGUGAAAAUUCAAAAAUAAUCCUUUUGACACAUGAUUUGGUAUAUAUGAAAAAAAACGUUAUGGCUAAGACUCUACUUGAACUAAAUCCCUAAAAGAACACCAAGAAGCCAGUUACUACAUAAAGCCAAGACUAUAAUUCUAUGGUUGAUUAGCACUAUUUAUUUGAUCUAGCAUAUCUCUAUCCAGGAGAUAGCUAGUCAAAUGGAAGGGUGCAGAGUGGGGGUCAAGAGACCCAGGUUCUAUUCUUAACUUUGUUGUCUUAGCUCAGUUCCUUUCUCUGGGCCUCAGUUUCCUUUGAAGGAAAUGUUGGGUCAAAUAAUCUCCAAUGGCCUUUUAAACUCCAUCAGUCCA